AUGGCUAUCAUGAGUGACAAAGACAAAGAGACCAGUGGAGGCGUACUCCACACCCUGGGACUCAAAUCCGAGGGACCCCGAGAUGUACAGGAGGGUGUGAUGGCAUCGAAUGCUGAUAACCUGCAGCGUCAUCUCGGCAACCGUCAGAUCCAGCUGAUUGCCAUCGGUGGAUCGAUCGGUACAGCCCUGUUCGUGAGUAUCGGCACAGGUCUGUACCACGGCGGACCUGGUAGUCUGUUCAUUGCAUUUGCAGUUCAAAGUAUCUUUUUGGCCAUGGUAAACAACUGCCUGGCUGAAAUGACUACCGCAUUCCCCGUCAGUGGUGGGUUCAUCCGACUGGCAGGGAAAUGGGUAGAUGAUGCUCUUGGGUUUAUGGUUGGGUGGAACUUUUUCUUCUACGAAGCACUCUUGAUUCCCUUUGAGAUCUCGGCUUUCACGCUGGUGCUGUCAUUCUGGACCGAGAAAGUCACAGAGCCGGGCCCGGUGGCUGGUAUCUGUGCUGCAGUGAUCAUCAUCUAUGGCUCACUCAAUGUCUUGGCCGUCAAAGCCUACGGUGAAGCCGAGUUCUGGCUGUCAGGCGGCAAGGUCAUCCUGAUCUUCUCUCUGUUCUUCUUCACCUUCAUCACCAUGGUUGGUGGAAAUCCAGCCCACGAUGCCUACGGCUUCCGCCACUGGAACAACCCUGGAUCUUUCAUGGAGUAUCUAGAUGGCGGUGCCCUCGGCCGAUUUGAAGGCUUCUUGGGCUCCUUGUGGUCAGCCUGCUUUGCCGUCGUUGGCCCAGAGUACAUUUCAAUGGUUGCUGCUGAAGCCAAGCGCCCCCGUGUCUACAUCAAGAAUGCCUUCAAAACAGUCUACAUCCGAUUCGGUCUGUUCUUCAUCGGCGGUGCUUUGGCCGUGGGUAUUGUCUGCUCGGCUAGAGACCCGGCGUUGGAUGCUGUUGUGAACGGCUCCUCGGAUGGCUCGGCUUCUGCAUCUCCCUAUGUCAUUGGCAUGCGGAAUCUUGGAAUAUCUAUCUUCCCAUCGAUCAUCAAUGCUCUGCUGUUGACUUCCAUCUUCUCCGCUGGCAAUACAUACACCUACUGUGCCAUCCGUACUUUGUACGGCUUGGCCCUGGAGGGAAGAGCUCCCAGAGUUCUCACCCACACCACCCGCCAGGGUGUCCCGAUUUACUGCUUCGCCGUGGUCAUGGUCUUCCCAAUCCUCUCUUUCUUGCAGUGCUCGAGCAGCUCAUCUGUCGUCAUCACCUGGUUCGCCAGUCUUGUUACUGCUGGAGGUCUCAUCAAUUACAUCGUGAUCACCAUCACUUAUAUAUGUUUCCACCGCGCCUGCAAAGUGCAGGGUAUCGACCGCCGAUCAUUCUCCUACUUCGGCUGGCUACAACCUCACUGUGCAUGGAUGUCAUUGGUCUGGAUGAUCAUUGUCACCUGCGUCUACGGCUACCCUUCAUACAAGCCCUGGAACGUGUCCACAUUCUGGUCCAGUUACACCAUGCAAAUCGUUAUCCCCCCUCUCUUCAUUAUCUGGAAGGUCUUCAAGAGAACAAAGUUCGUCAAGUCUCAUGAAGCGGAUCUGGUCUGGGAACGACCCCUCAUCGACGCCUAUGAAGACAGCUUCCUUGAGCCUCCUACUGGAUUCUGGAGGGAGAUGGGUCAGAUGAUUGGCAUAGGGCGCUCCCGUCGCGACGAUAAACGCAGAGAAUCGGUUUCUCAACCCUCUGUUACUCAGGCCAUGGACGAGAACGAGGGAUCGAAGGCUUGA